CACACACUCUGUACAGCCCAGAGCCAGCGCUGCACCAGAGCGAGAGAGAAGAGAGAGAAAAGACCCGGGAACGGCUGAGUGAGACGGAGGGAGAGAGAGAGAAAGAGAAACCCUCGGGUAAGGAAGACAAGUGAUUGUCAAGAGGGUUAGCACGUGCUGCUUUCGCUGCGUUAAUAGGAUUCUUGCAGCACCUUGACCGCUGUCACUGCCUGCCAACUCUGCCUUCAUGUGAUGAUGGCCAGGAUCAGACGGGAACGCGGACAAUCCUGAGGUGACACUCUGUGUGUUUUCUCUUCUCCAGCUCGCCUCGCUCCAUCUCAUCUCCUACGGCUACUCCACCCAUUCCUUCAGCUGACACCACUGAAUUAAUCAGAGCUGUCCACACUAAGAGGAUCAGUAGCUUAUGUGGUGCUUGACAGGAGCAGUGUGCUUAGUCUUUUUUUGGGAAAAAUUUCCAGGACUUACUGAGGAUUGAAUCGGACCUGUCAUUCAUCUCUCCAUGGCAUCUGGGAUAUCUGCACCAGAAAGGGACUGCAUGCAUCAUUGGGUUUUGUUGGGGCACCACCGUGCAUCUCCGACAUCCAAAUGAAGCAUUUUCCUGAAACCGUUAUUAAUGCCGGGACUUCACGAUGAGGAUGUACCACAGUGAGUUUCAAAUCCCACACAAAAGGCAGCGGAAGGACCCUCAUUCUGCUCUGUGUUUGUUAUUUUUGCUCUACUACUAUGGAACAACCCCUUAACCCUUGAGUUUUUCUUAACAUGCCAUUUUCUUGCCUUAAAAUUUGAUUUACGCACACUGUCUACAUUCAUAAAUGGGUGAAGUGUCUUCUCUAGACUCUUUUGUGGAAUAGCACGCUAAGAAGAUGUACUCUGCCUUGCUCCAAGCGGACUUCUUGUUUCGGAGAUGCUUGGAGCUGGUUUCAGUUGAGGCAUGUAAGUAGGGUGUAUAAUGGCUAUCCCGAGGCCGGCGUAAGAGUUAUUUAUUUGUGAGAGAGAGGAGCCAACACGAACCACACCUUCGUUUAAAUGAAGACCGGCCGAAAUUACACAGGAAGGGAGAAAAAAAUGAUGCACGUCAACAAUUUCCCAUUCCGAAGGCAUUCCUGGAUAUGCUUUGACGUGGACAAUGGCACGUCGUCAGGACGGAGUCCCCUGGAUCCCAUGACGAGUCCGGGUUCGGGCCUGAUCCUUCAGGCCAACUUUGUGCACAGCCAACGGAGGGAAUCCUUCCUCUACCGCUCUGACAGCGACUAUGACCUGUCGCCAAAGUCGAUGUCCCGAAACUCCUCCAUCGCCAGUGACAUGAAUAACCACCUGCCGAGACCGGGCCUGGUCUCUCGGAGAUCUGAGCCGGUUAUUAGUGGAAAUCAUGGAGAUGACCUCAUCGUUACACCGUUUGCACAGGUGCUGGCUAGUUUGAGGACAGUACGGAAUAACUUUGCAGCGUUAACCAACCUCCAGCAAGAUCGUGCAUCUAACAAGCGAUCUCCGAUGUGUAAUCAGCCUCCUCUCACAAAGGCCUCCUUCACAGAGGAGGCCUACCAGAAACUGGCCACCGAGACCCUGGAGGAGCUGGACUGGUGCCUGGACCAGCUGGAGACCCUGCAGACCCGACACUCCGUCAGCGAGAUGGCCUCCAACAAGUUCAAGCGGAUGUUGAACAGGGAGUUAACGCACCUGUCUGAGAUGAGCAGAUCUGGUAACCAGGUCUCCGAGUACAUCUCCAACACAUUUUUAGACAAACAGCACGAUGUGGAAAUGCCCUCCCCGCAGACGCAGAAGGAGAAGGAGAAGAAGAAAAAGCCCAUGUGUCAGAUCAGCGGGGUGAAAAAACUCAUGCACAGCACCAGCCUCACCAAUUCCAACAUCCCUCGCUUCGGGGUCAAGACGGAAACGGAAGACUCCUUAGCCAAGGAACUGGAGGACAUAAACAAAUGGGGCCUUAAUGUUUUUAAAGUCACAGAGUUGUCAGGCAACAGGCCUUUAACGGUGAUGAUGUACACUAUAUUUCAGGAAAGGGAUUUACUCAAAACAUUUAAAAUUCCCUUGGACACUUUCAUAACGUACCUGAUGACCUUAGAAGACCAUUAUCAUGCUGAUGUUGCGUAUCACAAUAACAUUCAUGCUGCUGACGUCACCCAGUCCACACACGUGCUGCUCUCCACGCCUGCUCUGGAGGCGGUUUUCACAGAUCUUGAAAUUCUCGCUGCCAUUUUCGCCAGUGCUAUUCACGACGUAGACCACCCGGGUGUCUCCAACCAGUUCCUUAUUAACACCAACUCGGAGUUAGCCCUCAUGUACAAUGACUCGUCGGUGCUGGAAAACCAUCAUCUGGCAGUGGGCUUCAAACUCCUGCAGGAGGAGAACUGUGACAUCUUCCAGAACCUGACCAAAAAACAGAGACAAUCGCUGCGCAAGAUGGUCAUCGACAUCGUCUUGGCGACUGAUAUGUCCAAACACAUGAACCUGCUGGCCGAUCUGAAGACCAUGGUCGAGACGAAGAAGGUCACCAGUUCUGGAGUCUUGCUCUUGGAUAACUACUCAGACAGGAUUCAAGUGCUUCAGAACAUGGUUCACUGUGCGGAUCUCAGUAACCCCACCAAACCCCUGCAGCUGUACAGACAGUGGACGGACCGCAUCAUGGAGGAGUUCUUCAGUCAGGGCGACCGAGAGAGAGAGCGAGGGAUGGAGAUCAGCCCCAUGUGUGACAAACACAACGCCUCUGUAGAGAAGUCUCAGGUGGGCUUCAUUGACUACAUCGUGCACCCGCUGUGGGAGACGUGGGCCGACCUCGUACACCCGGAUGCCCAGGACAUCCUGGACACGUUAGAGGACAACAGAGAGUGGUACCGGAGCACCAUCCCACAGAGCCCGUCGCCCGCUCCCGACCAGCCCGAGGAGGGCAGCCGCUCCUCCGGAGCAGACAAGUUCCAGUUUGAACUGACGCUGGAGGAGGACGGAGAAUCAGACACGGAGAAAGACAGCGGCAGCCAGGCGGAGGAGGAGGAGGAGGAGGAUGAAGAAGAGGAGGAGGACAACAGCUGUAGUGAUUCUAAAACUCUCAUCACACAGGACUCGGAAUCCACAGAGAUUCCAGAGGCGGAGGAGGGAAUUUCAGAGGAGGUUUCCACGGAACCCAGCAUGGUGGAGGAGGAGGAGGACGAUGAAGAAGACGAGGAGGAGCAGCCGGCAGACACGUAGCAGCGCGUCUGGACGGCCCGAACUCGCUGCCACGAUGGCAAAAAAUGCAAAUAUUUAAUAACAGACAAUGAAAUUCAGUUCCAAAGCGCACGUUGCACUCCGAGACCUCGGCCACUCCUCUCUCUUUCUCUUUUCCGUCUCUCUACGAGCUGCCUGGAGACGAGAGGACACUAAGACUUCGGUAGGUUGUCGUUUUAUUUGCACUCAGGAAUAAUAUUUAGUCCUGUUUUUUCAAUCUUGCUUUUGUUUGCCUUCGCCCUCCUCCUCCUCCUCCUCCUCCUCUGUGAUUCUCUGUGGACGACAGUGAGGAAAUUUCCCGCCCAAAGCAACGGGAGGAGGGACGUCAGCGGGAUCGACGCAGGAACGUGUCUCCUUGGAUUUCAAAGAGACCUUAUUUUCUACGUUUUAAGUCUUCCUAAAUUUUUGACUGCGAAAAAUGUCACAAAAGACAAAAAAACAAACAGCCCAGCGCUGUCAUGGCCUCUUCAAUGAUUUUGUACGGUAUACAUACAGAUUUUUACAUAGUUACUUUUUAAAUAACAAAACAGCAGCUGUUGUGUUUUUGAGGAAACUUUGCGCAAAGGGUAACUUGCAAGUACGCGACGUGGGUCGUGUGUUCGCCACCAUAUACACAUCAGAAGCUGUAUUUACGUUGUUUUUUUACUUCGUCAAACACUUUACCUCUAAUGAGUCUCUUAAUACACCUACAGAUGCUUGAUGUGUGUUCAACUCAUUUCUGAGGGGGUUUUUUUCUGUCUUGUUUCGGAGUAGUUAUUUCAGC